GCGUUCUGCACUCUUUAAAUUCUUCAAGCUCAGUUGGAGUUACACAAGCAUUCUUUCAUCACUCAUCUAUGGAUGCUACUUCUUCAACCCCUCCUUGCAAAUAUGAUGUUUUUAUUAGCUUUAGAGGCAAAGAUAUUCGUGGGGGUUUUCUCUCCCAUCUCUUUGAUGCUUUGCAGCGAAAACAAAUCAAUCCUUUCAUGGAUGAAAACCUUCGUAAAGGAGAAGAGAUCUCACCUGCUCUCUUGGAAACAAUUCAAUAUUCUUAUGUCUCCAUUGUUGUUUUCUCUCAAAAUUAUGCAGAUUCUCCAUGGUGCUUGGAUGAGCUUGUGAAGAUACUUGAAUGCAAGGAAAUUUUAGGACAAUUAGUCCUACCAAUUUUUUACCAUGUAGAUCCAACUGAUGUUCAAGAUCUCAUUGGGAAUUUCGGCGAGGCAUUUGCGGUUGCUAAGCAUGGAGAAGAAGUCAAAGGUUGUUUAGACAAGGUGGAUAAGUGGCGUCGUGCUCUGAUGGAAAUAAGCAUUUUAGCAGGAUGGGAUUCACGGAAUAUCAAGUCUGAAUCCAAACUAGUUGAGGAAAUUGCCAAUGAUGUUUGGGAGAAAUUAAGUCUCAUCUCCUCUAGUGAUUCUUACAAUGACAACUUAGUUGGGAUUGAAUCACGUCUGAAGAAAGUGGAAUCCUUGUUAUGUAUUGAAUCGAAAAAUGAUAGAAGAGUAAUAGGAAUUUGGGGGAUGGGAGGUAUUGGCAAGACAACUAUUGCUCGUGAAGUAUUGAAUCGAAUUAUGGAUAAAUUUGAUGGGCACUAUUUUGUUGAUAAUGUCAGAGAGGAGAUGAGAAAACAAACACAUGUUUUAUUAGAUAAAAUCAUUAACCAAUUGUUAGGAGAAAAGGAUUUACAUGUAAGCACAACUCUGCUAUCCCCUUUGAUUAGGAGAAGACUUCAGAGUCAAAAGGUUGUCAUUGUUUUUGAUGAUGUGGAUGAUCCAAAACAUCUAAAGCUUUUAGCAGGAGAGUGUGCUUUGUACCGCAAAGGUAGUAGAAUCAUUGUAACAAGCAGAGAUAGACAAGUACUUAAAAAUGUUUGUUCUGAGGGAUACAUAUACGAGGUUGAAAAAUUAACUGAUGAUGAAGCUCUUUGUCUCUUUAGCUUGGAUGCCUUCAAACAAAAUCAUCCCAAGAAAGGAUAUGUGAAAAUAUCAAAGAAGUUGAUAACAUAUGCUCAAGGUAUUCCAUUGGCUCUUGAAAUUUUAGGCUCUAAUUUGUAUGAUAAGGGGAUUGAAGAAUGGGAAAGUGAGUUGGAAAAAUUGAAAGAAAUUCCUGAUAUGAAUAUUCAGGCAGUUUUGAGAAUAAGUUAUGAUGGACUAGAACGUCAUGAAAAGAGCAUAUUUCUUGAUAUUGCAUGUUUCCUUAAAGGCGAGCCUAAAGAUCGUGUUGAAAGAAUAUUUGAAGGUUGUGGUUUCUUUCCAAGAAGAGCGAUAAGCCGUUUAAUUGAUAAAUCUCUCAUAACUGUUUCAAAUGGUAAGGUAGGCAUGCAUGACUUGCUACAACAAAUGGGCAAGGAUGUUGUUUGUGAGGAGUCCAAACAACUUGGGACACGCAGCAGGUUGUGGAAAUAUAAGGAUAUUUGUCAUGUAUUGACAAGAGACAAGGGAACUGAAAAUAUUGAAGGCAUAUUACUUGAUAUGUCUGGAAAUGGAUAUUUGGAGCCAAGUCCCACAGCUUUCAUGAACAUGUGCAAUCUUAGAUUCCUCAAAUUCUUCAAUGUUCCUACAUCCAGACCAGGACGAGUGCUUCUACCUAGUGGCCUUGAAUUUCUACCAGAGGAGCUAAGAUAUCAUCAUUGGGAAGACUACCCUUUGAAAUCCUUGCCAAUAAAUUUUUGCCCAAGAAAUCUUGUAGAACUUCACAUGCCACGGAGCAACCUCAUCCAACUCUGGAAUCAAGAGAAGGCUCUUGAAAGUUUGAAAUUUUUAGACCUCAGCUACUCUUUUGAGUUAACUAAAGUUCUAGACUUGUCUAGUGCCCCAAAUCUUGAGGUUUUAUGUUUGAUAGGAUGUAGAAACUUGAUUGAGAUUCCUAGUAGCAUUGGCGAGUCUAAAUGUCUAAAAGAAAUUGAUCUCGGAUACUGCUCAAAACUGCAUAGUAUUCCACGAAGCAUCUGCAAUUUGAAAUCUCUUACACGCAUUGAUAUCUCAGGCUGUUUGAAUGUCAAAGCAUUGCCAGAGAACAUGGGGGAUCUAGAAUUGCUGAAGAACCUUUGUAUAUCUGGAAGUGGAAUAAAAACAUUACCAUCCUCCAUCAAUCAAUUGAGAAGAUUGGAAGUGUUAAGAUGUGCGAGAUGUGAAGGUUUGACAUUGCCUCCUUUGACAGGACUGUCCUGUGUAAGGAGAAUUAAUUUAAGUGACUGUGGUAUAUUAGAAAUUCCCCAGAGUCUUUGGUUUUUAGUGUCAUUGGAAUACUUAUUUUUAGGUGGAAACAAUUUCAAGACGACACCUGCAAGCAUUAAACAUCUAACUGAGUUGAAGGGGCUUUUUUUAAAUGGUUGCAAGAGACUUAAAUGUUUACCAGAGCUUCCGUCAUGCUUAGAAGAUUUAGAUGCAUCAGAUUGCACAUCUUUGGAAUCUGCAUCAACUUCAUUCCUUUUCUUAGAACAUGAUGAUGAAAAAGAAGCAAAACGACUUCAGUUUCGUAAUUGCAUCAAUUUGGAUAAGAACGUACAUGAUAAAGUAAUGGAGGAUGUAUUGAAGACGCAUCUGUUAAAACACAAGAUUGUUAAGUUAUACAUAGCGGGGGUUGAAGUGCCUGAAACGAUGAGAUAUAAGAACAAAAGUGGAUCUUCUCUUUCAUUCAGACUAGAUCAGGCAAAUUUGACUGGUUUUUCUUUAUGUGCUGUUUUUUAUCCAAAAAAUUAUUCUCAUGAUCGUAUUAUAGACAUUAGUUGCAUAGCUAACUUCGUCGGAAAAUCUGGACAUAGCAGUGAAAAUUUCAUUUUCGAGGCCCUGAAUUUUGUACUUGAUCCCUUAUAUUCAGAACAUGUGUUCCUUUGGAAUAAACUGUUGGGGAAUAAACUGUUGAACAUGGAAGAGAGUUUCCUUGAAGUUUCCUUUCAAUUCUUCAUUUCCGGUUGGUCAUGCGAUCGUGAUUACGAUUCUAUAAUAAUGUGUGGAGUGCAUCCUAUAUUUCGAGAGGAUCGUCUUUCCAGAGAUAAAAAGAGAAGCAGAAUUGAAGAAGAUAAGGAAGAUGAACCUUCUCUUCAAAGAUUGAAAAACAAGACCGAGAACCUUCGCAUUCGCAGGAUAAAUCAUCAGGAACAGGAAGAGGAACUUUGUCUUGAUGUUGACCAUUGAUCAAACUACAUGAAAUUCAUUAUAAUCAAUUACUACUAUGAAAUUAUUUUCUAGCGGUUGCACUGUAAAAAUUCUCAAAUGUAUGGCAAUUGACAAAGCAAUACAAGCCAAUAAUUGCAAACCAAGACAGUCUUGCUUUGCUUUUUGCAUGAAAAACUACUACUCAUCUACCUUCAAGGGAUGAGAUAUGAUCGACGCUGAAUUAGUAUUUUUGUCUAUUUUUUAAUAAUGUUUUCUAAUUUUCCAUUAACAAAUUUAGUUUAAUUGAAUUAAUUGUAUGCUA